AUGUUGAGGACAAGUGUGCAGCUUGUGGUGGAGUCACAGGUGGGAUUGAAGGACGACUUGACGUACAAGGAGAUCGAUUGGUGUACGCAGAAAGAUGGCAGCUCCUGUGGCGGGUGGUGCCUUGCUAUUUUGGAGCUACUACUAGCAGAGAGACCAUGGCGGGACUGCUUAUACAAGGUGCAGUCAUAUCUCCGUUUGCGCUACUUGUACAAGGCCAUCUGGAUUCAGACGAGCGAGACUUCCGGUUUAAAUAUUGUGUCGAUCCGGUACGACGAAAGAGCCGGAAUAGCGGCUGUUUCGUACAAUGGGACGAUGGGUAAAUUACGUGGGGCGUGA